AUGGAGUCCACCAGUACCGAAACAUCUGAUAGCCAACAUUGGGAUGCCCCAUGUUCGUUUGUCGGUAUGGUAUCUGUUAUGAGCAUUUUAUGAUCUGAGCUGGCUUUCGAAGCACAGCUGCUGUCCACAAGCGAGCAAAACCUUAAAUGAUGCCUGCUGUUUAGAGAAAACCGUUUGAAAGAAACAACAAACGCGCCAUCGUCUUUCAGGAGCUCAUUCCAGGAAUCUCAGGACCUAAAAUCGCCUUCUCUUUAGUAGUACCGAGGACAAGGAAUCUGAUUUGACGAGAUGGAAUCAGUCCUCGAACAACCCGUGGCGGCCCUGCCGUCCUCCGCACACCUCGAUCAGACAUCUCUGCAUCUCUUGCCGUGCGGGAUCCACCACGACGGCAAAGCGAAUAUCCAAGACUACUUCUUUCUUGUUGACGGAGCAUAUCCUUCCUCCAUCAAUGGAUCUUCUGCUACAGUGUCUGCAUCAAUAGCUCCGAGUAUGGCCCCCGAAACAUCGUCUUCAUCAACAGAAUCAACUGUUGUAGCGACCACGGAAACCACAGAGUCCACGGACACCAUCACCGGUAUGACUACCACGACCGUCGUCUCAGAAACCACCUCCACCUCCACUAGCACAACAGCAGCAACGACUACAUCCGUGCCCGAGGUCUCGUUCCGCGGCCGGACUCUCAAGGGCACUGUGAUCCCCGUUCCUGAAGGCUACAUCGGCACCAUCUACAAAUCCUACGAUGCUCCUGCCGCCGCCCACGCUCAGAAAUACAAUCGAGAUGAGGACGAAGCCAUGGAUGAGGACCAAGAGUAUGAGGCCAUGCUAAAUGGUAUGCAGGAGGAGCGCAAGGCCUUGAGGACCAAGGCCCAGUUUAAGGAAUUCAUGAUGUGGGGACAUGAUGAACAACCGACGUUGCGGUCAGAGAAGGUCGUCCGUGCGAUGCAGUGGUUUGAUAUUGCCAAGGUCCUGCAUGAGCCCUUGAUGGGAUAGAAAAGAAAGUGGCAAGGUGGAGAUAGUUCGUCUCCGUCCGUUAAGAACGAUGUACAUUAGUUAACAGUAAAUCAUGUUG